AUGGGCAACAAUCAUUCCGCCGCCACCAAGUCGGGCUCGUCGGGCUCCCCUGGCGUCCCUGAUGCCCCGCCGAAUGAUUCGGCGAGCUCGACGGGCACGACCUCGACACCCGCCGAAGGUCAUGGCCAUCAUCACCAUCACCUGCUGCCUCAUCGCAAGGAGGCCCGAAACCAUACUUCCUCUCACGCAGCCCACAGCUCCGCCGCGCCCCCGGAGCCGUCUCUUGCUCAGGCCAAAGGGUCGACCAUCAUCAACCGACCGAAGAGCUUGCCCGGCACAGCUGUUUCUUCUCUGAGCGGCUCCCCUCUUAGCAGUUUGUCAACUCCUUCAAAAUCGACAGAGGCUCGAGCAGGCCGAGACGUACCAACGAAACCUGUCGAUGUUCCCAGCGAAUCAGGCUCGUUGCGUUCGCACAAAGAAUCCCACAUUUCCACCGCACAACAGAGCGGCAUUGAUCCAUACCUCGUGUCCAACAACAGUCUCACAGACAUGUAUCUCAGAGGCCCGCCUCGGCUGCCUCUACCGAUCGAAGAGGAGGUUCACACGCCCGGUUCGCCUAUUCUAGCCCCGGAAGAGGGACUUCCAGAUGUUGAGCUGGGCGAAUCGUCCGACGGUUUGACGCGGAAGAGUUCUGCCGUCAGUGCUACCACAGUCGACGAUGAAGAAUCCGAAGAGCUGAGAGUGGACAAGACGAGGCCUGUUGUGCCCACCAAGAUUGAAUGGAAGCGAGGCGGUGACAAGAUCUACGUGACGGGUACCAUUUUCCAGUGGAACCGAAAACAGCGUCUGCAUCCUGUUGAAGGGAAGCCCGGCCACUUUGCCACGACGGUGUAUAUUCUUCCGGGCACGCAUCAUUUGCGUUUUCUGGCGGAUGGAAUCAUGCAGACAUCACCAGACUUGCCAACAACCGUCGAUUUUGGAAACAACCUGGUCAAUUAUAUAGAAGUCAACCCUGACGACGCCCUCGUCAAGCCGCAGCAAGGGUCUGCCGUAUCCAAGGCCCCCGUCGAACCAGAUGAUUCUAGGCCCUCGGUUGAAUCGGAAUCCAAAGAGCCCACCAAAUCAAAAAGCAAGCCAGCCUUGCCACCAGAAUCAUACGCCAGCCAGAUCCCUCAAUAUCUCAUAGACUUUGAUCAACCCGAAGAAUCUUCUGCCUAUAGGAACGCCAUUGGUGCUAUUGAGAAGUUGCCCACGCCCCCCAGCUUGCCGGGAUUCUUGGGCAAGCCCAUCCUCAACGCCGCUACGCUGAUGAAGGACGACAAUUCUGUGUUGAACAUGCCCAACCACACGGUCCUCAACCACCUGGCGACGAGCAGCAUUAAAGACAACGUUCUUGCUGUAUCGGCGACUACACGAUAUCACAACAAGUAUGUCACAACGAUAAUGUACAAGCCCACCUCCACGGAUGAAGGUUGA